UAGCCAUUGGCUCAACGAAUUUUGGCUGGCACAAAUCCUUUCGCUCGUCUGGUACAGUUGCGACCGCUAAGGCACCGAUCUACGUUGGAGCCGGGGUCAUUUGUUGCAGUGAGACGAGCAGUAUUGGUGUAUACAUUUUCUUUGUAUCCCAGUAGGGGCUAGCCAUACUUCCAGCUGUAUGAGUUGGUGUGUUUGAAGUCGAUGUGUUCGAUUACUGUCGCCAGCCUCGUUGUAGCAGUGAGCAGCUUAGCAAUGCACAUGUCGGCGAAGAACGAGCACCAGCCAGAAUAUGUGCAGAAUGCACCUUAGACCUCUAUUGCGGCUCUUAAGCAAGAAACCAAGUAUAUGGUUGAUCGCACAGGCCCAGGUGAGUACCUUCGCUCAGCCAUCAGUAGAAAUCCAGUGAUUGGUGGCCUUGAAGUGCACGCUGGCAAGAUUCGCGUCUUCAAAGGGCAGGGCGAAGAGUUCAAGUCGGACAGCCAUCAAGCUUAUCCUCGAUAAGAUAGCUUACCAAGGCUGUGUCAUGCGGGGUGGUGAUGGCUACCUCCGUUUUGAAUUCUGCAAGUAUGGCGUACUGCUACCUGGAACAAGCCUGCGUAUAUUGGCAAGGACUAAACAGCGUUACGCUUGCACUUCGUUUUUCUACACCGACGAGGCUUCAAAACAAAAGGUCCUGAAGAUUACCUUUGCAGGCCAGUGCACGGAUGCUGCCGAGAAGGAGUAUAACAUUUUGGUGUUCGCAGCUGUCAUUCAAGAGGCGCACACGCUCUGCACGUGCUGCGUAGACAGCAUGCGUGGCCAAAAAAUGGUUGCCUCGCGCUAGGACUUCCUUCACGGAAUCGUGGGUGGACACAUCCGGAGCUUGAUGGGCGACGCUCCCCAUGACCCUCCAGAUGAUCAGGGUCAAAAAAUUGCGGACCAGAGACGAUCCAAGCCUCGGGAUUAGCCAUUGAGCAAUUGUAGUGUUCAGGUGGGUGUGCUAGAAUUGUCUGGUUUGUUACCACGCAGGAUUCUGUACACAUCCAACUGCAGCCUUCCUCAACUAGCGCUCCUCUUCUUCCUCUCGUCCUGUCCCUACCGCCUCUUGGGCAUCUAUUAGCACACUUGUAACCUAGCCUAGACAUGUACAGCGGCUAUCCGUAGGGUGUGCUUGCCGCAUGACUCUGCUUCCUGUGCCAUUACCGUAGCAGGUAGCACCGCAAAGAAAAGCAGGUAGUACCGCGUUAGGCGUGUGGUACAGCGUCGCAUACGCAGGAGAAGUUCCCCGCAGAUGGCGUGUAAACCUUUCAAGGCGAGGGGUCCAGCAUGCCACGUGUAUUUAGAUGUUGCGCACUCCUAGUUUGGUCGUCUGGCUGGCUGGAGCACACAGGUGUUGCGCAACACGGCCCGACGAAUCGCAGAAAGGACGAGCGCAUGCACUUGAAAACAAUUACGCUACCGAGGAACCCCAC